GCAUCUAAAAGAAUAUUAUUAACAGGUACACCGGCGUUAUCACGUCCAAUUGAAUUGUUUCCACAAUUACUUGCAUUGGGUGCACCAAUUUAUCAAAAGCAACUUGAUUUUGGUUUAAGAUAUUGCGAUGCUCACAAAGGUAGAUAUGGUAUGGACUAUACAGGAAAUGGUCAUUUGCAAGAACUCCAUGUUCUAUUGCGUGGUAUAAUGAUUAGAAGGUUAAAAGUUGAUGUGCUUCAUGAUUUACCACCAAAACAUCGUAUUAAAGUGGUAGUGGACACACCAACCCAAAUGCAGUCAACUCUGGGUAACGUUUUUAGUAAAUCAAAUAAAAUUUCAAUGUUUCAACAAUUUAAACAAAACCAAGACGAGUCCAAUGGUUUAGUUAAAGGUCAAAUUAUGGAGUUGUAUCGUGAAACUGGUAAAGCAAAAUUGAAAUCAUCUUGUGAAUACAUUUCUAAACUUAUUAAAGAGAAGGAAAAGUUUUUAAUUUUUGCUCACCACAGCGAUAUCAUGGAUGGAUUAGAAAGCGCUAUUCAAAAGUCAAAGGCUGGUUAUAUUAGAAUCGAUGGGUCAACUCCUGCAGUCCUUAGACAAACUUAUGUAAAUAAAUUUCAAACUAAUUCAUCAUGUCAGGUUGCUUUGCUUAGUAUCACCGCUGCAGGAACAGGUCUCACUUUAACUGCCUCCAACUUGGUUGUGUUUGUCGAGCUCUAUUGGACACCGGGCGUAUUGCGUCAAGCAGAGGAUAGAGUUCAUCGUAUUGGUCAAACUAAAGAUGUCUACAUUCAUUAUCUAAUUGGAAAAAAUACGCUCGAUGAUCGUAUUUGGCCAAUUAUUUGUAAUAAGCUUGAAGUCUUGGGUGAAACAUUAGAUGGUCAAGAAGAAAUCCUUCGAACAAGAGAUAUUGAUGUUCGAUCAAAAAUCGGUGGUAAUACAAUUGAUAGAUAUUUUGUUGGUAAAGAUGGGGCUAUAGAUUUAGAAAAAGAGGAAAAUUCAGAUGAGGUUAUUUUCGAUCUUAUUGGUGAUGAUCCAGAAUUAAAAGUUUCUUUUGGCGAUAAUAAUAAUAAUAAUAAUAAUAACAAUAAUAAUAAUAACAAUGAAGAUGAUGAAGGCACCGAAGAUGAAGAUGAAUAUAAAAGCAAUUUAAAAAAACAAAAGAAAAACCCAACUAAAAAAGAAAAAAAAGGAAAACAAAAACAAAAACAGGAUCAACAGCCAUCAGGUCAAAAUUCCACAAUUCAAAUUAAUGCCAAUUAUUCAAAAAAUAUUAAUCCAAAUUUUUAUGAUUUUGUUAAAAAUAGAAAAUCUAUUAAUGAUCAAAAUAAUCAAAAUAAUCAAAACAAUCAAAACAAUGAUAAAGAUAAUGGUACUACUAGUAGUGUUGAACCAGAGGAAAAGUUUUAUAUUCCACCAACCGAAAAAGGCAAAAGAUCAAGCAAAACACUAUCAGGAGGUAAAACAUCAAAACAGAUUACAGAACAAAUGGGUGAAGAAUCAUGGAGUGACAUGUACCAAGAGUCAAGAUGCCAACAAAUAUCACCAGGAGAAUAUUAUAUGCAAACUGAACUGUAUACCGAACAACAACUAGAACAAUUAUCAGGUGAAAUUCGCCGUCAUCCUUCACUAGCAGAGAAAUCAUACCACUUUUUGUCAUUUGGUAUUCAUACUAAAAUACAGCAUCAAUGGAUCAGAAUUAUCAUCUCAUUGUUAAUUCUAUUUUCUUUGGUCGCUAUUAUUUUCUAUUUGCCAUUGCCACAUCUAAAACACAUUAAUCUGUCACCAUCUGGGCCAUCUAUACAAGCAUCAUCAAAAGAUAUCGAUAAAGAAAGCUUUGACCCUUACUCCAUAAAGCUAACCGCAUUUAAAGAUAAUUGGCGUCGUUUCUCAAUAUUGGGUACCUCAAAUUUCCUUUGUUCAAAUUACAAUUUUAACCCAAUUUCAAACCCGAGCACAGAUCAAAAUAUUCCAAAAGAGUUCACAUCAAUGCAAGAGUUAAAAAAUUUAAAGAUUUUUGGAUCAUGCAUUCUCUUUGGUAUUACAUUGUUUGUUUCAUGGUUAAUUGCUGCCCGUCUAUCCGAGAAAGAGAUCAUUAUCAAAUCAAACAUUACCCUUCAAAUAAUUCACUCUCUUUUAACUAUAAUAGUUAUCCCAUUAAUUACUAUGGUACUCUGCUCGAUGGUACUCUUGUACAUUGUCCAAACAGUUCUCAUUGGUACACAGGCCAACGGUCGUGAGGAUACAUUCUAUUGCGUCAAUCGUAUAUCCGUAACAAUGUCAGAAUUAGGUACACUAGCACCCAUUAGAGAAUUAUUUUUAGGUAGUGCUGGAAUUGUAAUUCGUAUAGUCAAUUUCUUUUAUCAUUUACCAAUAGAAUCAUUGGCAUUACACGACAAUGCUGAUGGUGGUCUCAGUACAAACGAAAUGAAAUUUGUAUCAUUCUUAUGGACCAUUAUUAUCGGAUCAACCAUAUACCAUACCCUAAUGAUCGCUAGCUAUGUCUACUCUAUUUUCCACGAGUAUCCAAGUAAUAAAGAUCUUUCUAAAAAGUCAUCUGCUGGAUCAGCCAUCGCUAGAGCCGCUGUAAAUACAUCAAACAAUGCAUUCGACCCAGAUUCACUUAGCUUACUCAAGUUAGACCUUAAAUUCCUUCCAUCAUUCAUCCCAGAGGUAUUGUUAACAUUAAACUUUAUCAUAGUAUUGGCUUGGUGCCUUGUAGCCUGCAGUCUUUGGGUAUUUGGAAUUCCUCCAAACUUACAUAUACACGAAGGUGAAAUCUUUUAUAUUGCUCUCUCUCUUACUCCAUUAAUUAAAUCAAUCUACAGCCUAAUAAUAAUUGACCAAAAAAAAGAUAAAAUAAUUAAAAUUCAUAAAAAGAAUACUUGGAAAUCAGAACCAGAAUUAAUUGAUCAAGCUUUAAAUACAUCAAAUAAUAAUCAAGAAUAAAAAAAUAAUAACAUUUAUAUUAAUCAAUAAUAAUAAUAAUAAUAAUAAUAAUAAUAAUAAUAAUAAUAAUAAUAAUAAUAAUAAUAAAAAUGACAAUAUAUUUAUAAAACUAAUCAUUCAAAUAUAUAAUACCACCACCUACUUUAAAUAAAUAAAUAAUUUAUAUUUAAAAAACGUCAUC